CAAGUAGUAGAGUCAGUUACUUCAACUUCGGAAGUGGGAGUGGUAGAGCAAGUAGUAGAGUCAGUUACUUCGACUUCGGAAGUGGGAGUGGUAGAGCAAGUGGUAGUUGGUUCGGUUUCUGUGACAUCUACCUCAACUGAAGUGGUAGAGCAAGAAGUUUUGGGUUUGGUCGUUUUGCAAGAAGAUGUGCGUUUAGUCGUUUUGCAAGAAGUUUUGGGUUUGGUCGUUUUGCAAGAAGAUGUGCGUCUAGUGGUAGAGCAAGUGGUAGUUGGUUCGGUUUCCGUGACAUCUACUUCAACUGAAGUUGUAGAGCAAGAAGUUUUGGGUUUGGUCGUUUUGCAAGAUGUGCGUCUAGUCGUUUUGCAAGUGGUUGUGUGA